AUGCACGACUGGAGUUGGCAGGUCCCCUUCCUUCUUGCCAACGGCUUGCGCGUAAUCUCUGUGGAUGGCCGCGGGCAAGGGAAAUCAUCAGCCCCACAGCCGACGCCGGAUAUCACCACCUGGCCCGGAGUGGAGAGGUCCGCCGAUCCGGACGUCGUCGACUACUACCCUCAGUCCAACGCGGAAGACAUGAUCGCUCUGCUUAAGAGCCUCGGAAUCACCAAGAACGUCAUCACCAUGGCACAUUCUCUCGGCGAGUGCACUGGGUAUUACAUUGCCACAACCCGCCCGGACCUUGUCAAGGCCUCCGUUGGCGUAGAUCCCCUCCACGCCUUCCCCAACGCUAUCCGCGAACGUGACGCCAGCUUCUUCACAGCACCGGGAGCCCAGGAAACCGCUCUAUCAACCCUCCUCGAGCACUUCGGCGCCUACUGCUAUACGCCCGCCUGCCCUGCCUGGCAGAAGACGUGGCACCUUCGGCGCAUGGCGCAGCUCGACAAGGCUGUGCUCUUCGCGCAGUGCUGGGGUGGAUGGGGCGACCCGGAGCACAGCUUGGGCAGGCAGGAGAACGCAGUGAAGGCUUUCGCAGGAAAACUCAAGUGUCCCCGUGUGACGUUUGGGUCCAACGACUGGAGACGAGGAGCUGGACGAGAUCGUGGUCAUUGA